AUGAAGUUCGCGUACGAGUUUAGCCACCUCUGUGGCACCGUGUACACGCAAGGCAAUGUCGUCUUCACGCCCGACGGCAAUGCGCUCUUGAGUCCCGUCGGCAACCGCAUCACCAUGUUCGACCUCAUCAACAACUCGUCGCGCACCUUUGCGUUCGAGAGUCGGUCCAACGUGCAUGCCAUGGCCGUCUCGCACGACUCGCGCCUCUUGAUUGCGGUCGACGAAGAUGGCCACUCGCUGCUCGUGAACCUCAAGAAGGGCAUUGUCUUGUACCGCUUCAACUUCAAGGCGCCCGUCCGCGCGCUACGCUUUAGCCCGGACGACAAGUUCAUUGCGGUCACCCAUGGCGCCAAGAUCCAGGUGUGGAAGGCGCCAGGUCUCAAGCGCGAGUUUGCGCCCUUCGUGCACCACCGUACGUACGGCGGCCACCACGGCGACGUGCUAUCGGUCGAGUGGUCGCCCGACUCCAAGUUCUUCCUCUCGACGGCUAAGGACCUCUCGGUGCGUCUCUGGUCGAUCACGCCGUACCCGACGUUCACGCCCUACUCGUUUGUCGGCCAUCGCGACGUGGUCAUGGGUGCCUUCUUCUCCGAGGAUGGCUCGAGCGUCUACACGAUCGGCCGCGACGGCGGCGCGUACCGCUGGGAACACAACUACGACGACAUGGACGACGAUUUGGACGACGACGACGAGACGCCGAUCCUCGCCCGCGGCGUCAAGUGGUCGACCAAGCACAAGCACGUCUUCAAGAUGGAGUACGCCAAGAUCGACUGCGUCGCGUUCCACGCGGCGUCGAGCCUCCUCACGGUCGGGUUUGGCAACGGCACGUUUGGCCUCUACUCACUGCCCGACUUUGCCGACAUCCACACACUCAGCGUGACGCAGCACCGACUGAGCUCGGUCGCGAUCAACGCGUCGGGUGAGUGGCUCGCGCUCGCGUCGCAGACGCUCGGCCAGCUCCUCGUGUGGGAGUGGAAGUCGGAGACGUAUGUGCUCAAGCAGCAAGGCCACUUUUUCGACUUGAACGCGCUCGCGUACUCACCGGACGGCCGGCUCCUCGCCACCGGCGCCGACGACGCCAAGCUCAAGCUCUGGGACACGACGUCGGGCUUUUGCUACGUGACGUUCCACGAGCACCAAGCCCCGGUGACGGGUGUCGCGUUCACCGCCAACGGCCAAGCGGUCGUGAGCUGCUCGCUCGACGGCACGGUGCGCGCGUUCGAUCUGAACCGGUACAAGAACUUCCGGGUGCUCACAACGCCCAACCGGUGCA